CCAGCUUUCUGUGCAUUCACAUUAGAGGCGCACAGGAUACACACACACACACACACACACACACUGGUAACUACUUGUACUCUCAAUCAUAUCUCAAACUGGAGUCAGAGUGAGGAAACAGAAUGUCAGGGAAGGAAACGCUGAAGCCAGUGGGAAAGCAGAAUUUGCCUCAAGUCUGCAGAGCUCUUUUCUGACUCACUCCAAGAGGUCUGAGGGAGAAGUCUGUAGGUUCAUGACACCGGGGAAAUAUCAGAUGAUUUUUUUUUUCUGUAAAACAGGCCAAAACACACACACACACAAAACAGGAGAACAUUUUAGGUUCUAACAGAACGGCGACUCAACCGUCACGUGGAUACCACCCUCGAAAUCUGGAUUUUCAAACAGAGGAGAACAUACAUCAGGAGGAAAUUCUUGAAAUUCUCUUUGUCUCUGACCACUCAACGCUCCUCAGGUCUUUCAGAGUCCCAUCAUUCGCUGCCACCAUCUAACUGCGGAAGGACAGGUCAUCAGGUUUACCACAGAACCACUACAAAGAUGAGUCUGUCACGAAACGGGACGCUGGAGAAGAUGGCAUCUGAGCAGCCCCACUCUGAGCCAGGUUCCCCCUCUCGAGCGGGGUCAGGGGUCGUGGUGCCGCCUCCAUACUCCCUUGGUGGCAGUGAAGCUGCUGACACCCCCGUGGAGUUAAGGGGCUCUCUGGACUGCUGGGCAUGUUCUGUGCUGGUCACUGCACAGAAUAUGAUCAUAGCACUGAUCAACUUCGGGCUGGCCAGCAUCAUCUUCGGCACCAUCCUCACCCCUGCUCUUGCCAUGAUCAUAUUUGGCUUUCUCUGCCACUCCACAGUGCAGCCCCACGGAACAUCUCUGUACUGUUCAGACCUGCUGGAUGACGCCGGCUGUGUGGCUCUGCUGGUUGUGGGCUUUCUGCUGCUCACCCCUCUGCUGGUCUUGGCAUUGGCUGCCUUCUGCCGUCUGGCUCGACACCUCCAGCUGGGCCUGUGUUUCAUUCCUUACAGCCGCGCCGUCUACAAGAACCUGCCCGCCUCACGCCACAGGGGGGGUGGCGCAGGAGGCUGCUGCGGCCAGCAGGGAGCCUCAGAUAGGGAGGGGAAGGGUAGCGUAUGGGUGUAGGAGAGGAGGAUUGUAUAUGCUUGUAAUGUGUAUCCCUGUUGGAUGACUAGAGUUGGGUUGUUUCCUUCUGGCUCUUUUCUUUAAUCAGAUUUGCAUUGUAUUUCUAUUUUUAAAGCCAUUGUAAAAAUCCAUCAUAUUUUAUCAUUUUUACUGAUUGUUUGGAAGUCAAUAUUGAUUUUUGUAUACUAUUCCAAUGUACUUUUUUAAGAUACAUUUUUACAAUAAAGUGUCACUCGACA